UGUAAGUAUUAAAUUAAAUGGUUAUUCAAAAGACCACCAAAUUAUGUGAGUUGGACGUUUAACUAUAAGGAAUCUAUUCACGAUAAACUGACUGCCAUCAAAAUGUCUUCCUUGAUAAGUUUUUUGCUUGGACUUUUGAUCGGAAUAGUAUCGUCUACCACUGCCCCUAGCGGAUGUACUUAUGAUACCUCUACAUCUUCAAUGGGGCUCUACAUCUGUGAUUUUGCUUCAAUUACGCUUCCACUUGAGUACAACAAUUUCAGCGACCCCGAACCUCAGCGUUUGGUUAUUCAUGACGUCACUGGGGAUAUUUCAGCAUCACAGCUAUUCCUUGGUUUCAGUGUCUUCAACUAUUCAGCAGUGAAUGCAGACUAUACAAAUUAUUUAGAAAUUGGGUGUAAAUCAGGAGGCUCCGUACAAAUCUCCAACACUACGUUUACAGAUCUAAAUUUCAUCAAUGAAGUCAAAAUGACUGGCUGCAAUUUCACGAGUGGUAUACCAAGUAAUGCCUUUUCUACAUUCGAAAAUCUGGAUUCCUUGACAAUCGAGGGCGGUAUAAUAUCAUCAACACAAUCGGAUACUUUUUCUGGAUUGAACAUCACAAAGCUUUCUAGUGUUCCCAGUCCACAAGGAAAACUUACGAUUAAGAACGUCAAAGUAGGGUCCAAUUUCUCUUCUGGGUUCUUCGACCCGCUUUCCAUGGUUUCCGCCAUUGACAUUAGUGGGUGUGGGAUCACCACUGUCGAUUCUAAUACGUUUUUGUACAACAACAAAGUCACUUUACUCAAUUUGGCGAACAACAAUUUCACAACCCUUCCAAGGACAUUUCUACAAAACAUGACUUCAUUGACAGAAGUUGAUGUCUCCGGAAUUGCCUGGGAUUGCUCGUGUGACAAUCUCUGGUUUCUGGACCACUUUUCUGCGUACUCCAUGCGCAUCAAAGGUGGCAUUCUCUGUAGCGGCGGACAAAGAGCUGCGCAAUACUUCGGUGAACAGUGCAGAAGCACCGACAAUUGCUACAGCAUACCAGGCAUCGCCAUCGGAAUAGACUGUUUUGAGUGGUACCAAAUAAUUUCUUACACUUUCACCGCCGUGUCAUUUGUCCUGGCCUGGAUCGCUUUUGUAGUAGUCGUUGCGUACCGCAGCGCUAUGUACAAGAACGAGAAGGAAAUCGAAAUCAGGAAGAGAGAAAAGGCAAUACGAGUCUUAGAGGCCCUGAAACGAGGUGGUGGGGGAGGCCAAAAGGCACCUCCUAAGGCCAAUCUCUCAUGGGCAAUCACAGAUCAAGCGGAGAGCACGGAGGUCAAAAAGGCACUUUGA